AUGGCCGUAACAAACUCCUCCAAACCGAAGCCUGAAGCAACGCCUCCCGAGGGUCAUGUGGGAGCAUCCGCGCCGUCGAACCCUCUUAUAGAGCUUUUCAUCCACGUGGAAAAACCGAGACCAUACGAUCGAGUGCUCCUUGUUCGUAAAGCCGCGACUUCGUCCUUUAUUGCAGGACCUUCCAGCGAGAGUGAAGGCGCCGGCGCGGAGGGAGAGAGGGCGGACGGGAAUGGGGAGGCGAAGUGGGGAGCGGAGGGGGAGGAGGCGAAAGAAGCGGAAGGGUCUGGUAGGGGAAGCGAGACUGGCCGGGCUCUGGAGGUGCACGGCCUGCCGUGCCGCUGGCGGAACGAGCGAAAGCUGCGUGCAAUGUUUGCGAAGUUUGGCGAUGUAUCCCGGGUGAUUGUGGAAGGCGACGACACGGACGGCAGCAGGUUGCACCAUUCCUCCUCCGCGCCCUCCGCCGCUCCUUCUGCUGUUGUUGUCUUCGCGCGGCCGGAGUCCCUCCGACGCCUCUUGAAGUCCGCGUCGCUAUCCGCAUCCUCCAAGGCGUCUCUUAAAGCCAAGGCCCAGGCCAAGGCGACGAUUACGGAUCCCGAUUCGCCAAUGCAGGGGGGGGAGGCGGACGGGGACGGGGAGGGAAAGGGGAAGGGGCAGGCGGAGGGGGAGGAGGCGCAGCAGCCGCUGUGGCCUGCGUGGGGGAUGGAAGGAUGGCUGAACGCAUAUGCAGAUGAGCGGCCAGGAUUGGCGCAUCUGCAGGCAGAGGCAGAUGCUUACAUCAGCGAGUAUGAGGACAGGCUUGAGAGGGAGCGCCGUGAGGCAGAGGAGAGAGCUCUCCGGUCACAGGAAGACGACGGGUGGACUGUCGUGCGUUCGUCGUCUGCGUCUCGCCGCAACCGCGACCCCUCUUCGGGCGUCUCCAUGGGUGUGAUCUCCAAGGCGCGCGCUCAGGUCCUCGCAGUGAAGCUGCAGCAGAAGCAGAAGAAGCAGCAGGCUGCAGCGGCUGAAGCGCUUAAGUUCUACCGCUUCCAGCACAGAGAGGCGAGACGACAAGAGCUGAUGGAGCUUCAGAAGAAGUUUGACAGCGACCGCAAGCGCAUUGCCAAGCUUCGGGACGCACGCAAGUUUCGUCCUUAUUAA